AUGGAGGACAGAUUAUGCAGGAAUGGCGGCAGGGAGAUUUUAGGUCAGCUGCAGAAUCCAGUGAGGUUGCUGUUCCUGACCAACUGUGUGGCGCUCACGCGCAACAUUUGCAGGGGCCCAUCAACCAUCCGUUGUUCAGACUUUCCCAAGUACAUUGCAGUACACGAGCGGGGAAUGGCGGAUAGAUUGCGCUGGAAGAUUUGCAGGAUGUUGCAGAGGCAUGGAGUACUGGGUUGGCAUUUGGCUAAACCGGGUUUGACGGGCUCGGGUGGAAUACGAUGUGGUGCAUGCAAGAAUAAAUUUUUCAAAACGGGUGGAGUGAUUAUUGGGAUAGUGUACCUGGUAAACCUUUCAAGACCAAGAUGUUUGGCUUUUAAGCGACUACAUUAUUUCGGCGCGUUCCUUUUCUCUGCCUCAAGGGUGGCAACUGCAGAACGUGUUUGUAUUUAA